UUUAUCUCAUUUUAACAGCUAAAAAUCCUACUAACAUCAAGAAUUUGACUAAAGGAACUUUGCCAUGGUGUGGAUAGUAGGCACAAAAUGUUGAGACCUGGCAGGAUAAUUAGCAUGCAAUUUUAAAAUAUCAGAAACCCAGGUAUUCAUUCGUUUUCAUGGCAGGAAAUACUUAGCAGUUCAAGGUAAGUAUUUUCAAUGGUAAGAUUUUGUUUAAUGUUUUCAGUAUUUUACAGCUAUAGUCCAUGAGAGCUACAGAAUAACUAAUAGUUUCUGCUUCUACCUUAUAAAAGUGAGCAAAUCCUCUUACAGCCUUCUUCAAGUGAGAGCUAAGUCUGAUUACAGUAUCUGACAUUGCCCUGGCUUUGUAAAGGCUGGUAAGUACAGCACAAUAAGGAAUGGAAAAGAAAUUGGAGCUAGAACUUUGUCUAAAGAUCUCAUUUUUACCAAAUUCAGUUCCAAACCACACCCAAACACAACCUAGUUCUCAUUUCAUCAUUGCUAAUGGAUGAGUGAAUUAAUUCACUGACCCCCAGCAUUCUCCUCGGGCCCCACAGGUGAAGAAAAGUGAACAGACCAUCAUCUAAUAGCUGUGUUACAUGCUGCUGCAAGUGCCUGUGCCCCAUUAAAAGUUAAUGCCAUCUCAUAUAUUAACUGGGAACUUUCUAAAUGCUAACCACAGUUUAAACAGGUAGCUUUACACUGUUACACUUGUGUUUACAGGACUAUGAAAACAGUGGAGACACUGCACAUCUAAAGGUUUGCUGGAUCACAAAUCGAACAUGGUGUAAGAAAAUCAUACUGUUGCAAAAAUAAAGACUGACACCAUUCUAAACCUUAAAGCAGUGCAGGAGACAAACUACCUUGAAUUUCCUACUCUUCUGAGUUUUCCAAGCUGGUGACAAUGGCAAAUUGUCUUGGAGUUACCUCAGCAGUGUCUUUCGUCUGGGUUAUGACAUUUCUGGCUCAAAAUUACUUUGUAACAGGUUCCGUUAAUUCACCUUGCAGGAUCAAGGGUAUAGGAAUUUAUCUUGAUGAGAAAGCAAAUUUCUCAGAAGCAAGUAAUGGAUGUAAUCAAUUAAAUCUACAGCUGGCAAGUGAAAAACAAGUUGAAGAGGCUUUGAAACACGGCUUUGAAACAUGCAACUAUGGAUGGGUGAAAGAUGGAUUUGCUGUUAUUCCUCGGAUAACAUCCAACCAGAAAUGUGGACAGGGAAAAACUGGAAUAGUAAAAUGGAGUAAUGUCAAGGAUAGAAAAUUUCAUCUCUACUGUUUCAAUUCCUCAGAUGUCCAGAUUAAUUCAUGUCAACCAGACCCAACUACCACAUUUCCUUCAUCAACUGCAUCAAGGGACUUCACUGCACAUUCAGCCUCUGAUUCGACUGAGAACAUCACAGCAGUGCCCACUGUGACUGUGACUGAGUCGGAACAACUCCCAAAAAAGAGAUUUCGUGUCAUAUGCGUGACUGAAACGAUCUUACCAACAGAGGGGCCCACCACACCAGAGCCAGAGGAGCACUUGCUCACUGACUCUCCCAAGCACACUCCCCACCUGGCCUUCAAGAAUGAUGCUGUUGUUUUUGGAGGUAUCCCUACUGCACUUCUUGUACUGGCAAUCAUCUUCUUCAUUAUUUCAGUUGUUCUAGCAGUCUGUUAUAUCAAAAAGUACAAGAAAACCUUCCCAUUUUUAAACAAGAAUCAGCAAAAAGAAACAGUUGUAACUACUGCUCUCAAAGAGACUAAAUCAAAUGACCAAACACCUGAGAAGGAAACACAGAAUAAUGGAAAUAAGGUAGAAGAGUGUAAAACUAAGCCUGAGGCCACAGUAAAAUGUCUAGAAGCAGAAGUUUAAAGGAAAGAAUGUACAGCACUUGAUGGAAGUAUAAAAUGAAGCACACAGAACUUAGCAGUGCUUUUAAACAUAAAUGAUUGUAAAUACGAAUAUUUUCUCUGUCUUUAACAUAUGAAACCUUGCUUUUUAAUAAUUACAUCUUUGGCAACAAAUAUUCUUCAGAAGAACAUGGUAUCUUAUUUACUUGAAAAAAUUUUACAAAUCCAUAUUACAGCUCAUUUUUCUUUAAUAAAGAAGUAGUUAGGAAUAUGCUAUUAAUGACAUGCACUAGGUUAACUAUUUGCAUGGAACUCAGAUCAAUAUAUAAUGAAAAUGUUUUUUUAUCUGGAUGGAGGAUGUCUGCUAGCCUAAUGCCUAAAAUAAAAUGCUGGCACUGUAGUUCUUCCUCAUUAGAUUAGCUUAUUUCCAUUCAAUAGUUGCAUGCUGUUUUUAAAAAUAUCUGUUUACAAACAGAAGAAACAGUUGUGUUUACAAGGGAGUAAAAACUCAAAGGACUAUCCCACUGUCAUUCAAAUACCCAAGGAAGGGUACAAAGAUGCUGUUGUUUAUAUAUAUGUAUAUAUUUACAGCAGUGAAUAACUUUCUUAGGUACCUUCAUUGUAUCAUAAUUUACUGUUUUAUUUAUUAAAACCAUUAUCAUUCUUCCACAUCAGAUAUUUGACAGAGGGGGACAAAAGAAACCCUUGAACAAGACUUAUACUGGAGAUCUUUUGUGUGUACUCAAGUGGCUUUCUUAAUAAAGGUCUCAGGAGGUCUGGGAUGUCUACAGUACUCCCUAAAAAAUAAACUAUGGUGGAUAUGUUUGUCUGGAGAAUUUAUUCUCAUGGAAACUGUCUCAUGUUAAAAAGAAUUCAUAUAACCUUAAUGUUACAUAAUAAAUUAGUUGUUAUAAAAUAACAACAUUAGCAGUUUAUCAAAUAUUUACCCAAAUAAAGAAUUUAGAUAACUUACCUUUAUGUGUGAAGGAGGUUGUUA